AUGCCGUCCUCCCUGCCACCCUUGAUUGAGGCCUUGAGCAUUGGCGCCACCUUUGGUGACUCUCCCGAGUCCUUGCAGCCUAUGCUCGAGGUAUUGAACCUUGGGCACCCUUUCGGCGCUUCGGCAGGAGCUGGCGUCGGUCUCGAGCAAGUUGUUGGCCAGCCGGACUCUCAGAGCCUCGGCAAUCACACAGCCAGCGCUGCGUCAGCGACUCCCACCACCGCUACUCACAUCAAGGCAGAGAAGGCAACCGAAGCUUCGGACAUCGCUGGCGCUUCCAUGCAAGCUAUCGGAUCAGACUCUCCUGCAAGCAGCCCCAGUAUUGGCGCUUUUCUCGAACAUCUCCACAGGCUUCUCGAGCGAACAUCGUCCGUCUCGCCAGAAGACUUCUUUCGGGAACUCCAGCCGGCGUACGCCCGGCUCAUUUCCAACGUUUUGAGCCGUUGCCAGAUUCGCGAAGGCUUAAUGUCCGACACAAUUGGCGCUUCCGGUGAAAAGUUGCAGCUUGUUGCUCCUCCAGCAGAUGUGCUGCCGAGCUACAAGACUUUUCUGUCGGAUCUAAUCGAUGAUUUGGAGGACGCGAAAAAGCUGUCAGAAGCCGAAGUCGAGCUUGCCAAGCUCCGUAUCAGUAUUCGGUAUCUGGAGAGCUAUCAUGAUCUCUUCGCUCCCGCUGAUUACUCUCGCAGACGGUUGAAUAUCUCUGCGGAGCCUUGA